GCUACCCAGUGGGAGCGCUCGGUGGGCUCAAGGACGUUCGCACACGGAACGCUCCGUCCCAGUCACCGGGGCCAGUGGGAGUACAGUCUGCCUCCGCGACCGCAUCUCGUCCCGCGCGCCCCUCUCGGGCGUCGGCGCUCCGGCGUCCUGGCUGCCGACGCUGUGGCCUGGCUGCUCCUCUGGGCGGCUGGGCUGGUCGGCAGGCUCACCGCGGACAUCAGCGACGCCCCCUUCAGCUCGGGUAUAAGGGCCACUUGUUCUGAAAUCAUUUUGAGGCAAGAAUUCUUGAAAGAUGGUUUCCAUAGAGACCUUUUAAUAAAAGUGAAAUUUGGAGAAAGCAUUGAGGACUUACAGACUUGCCGGCUCUUGAUUAAACAUCACAUCCCAGCAGGACUUUUUGUGGAUCCCUAUGAGUUGGCUUCAUUACGAGAGAGAAACGUAACAGAGGCAGUGAUGCUAUCAGAAAGUUUUAAUAUAGAAGCUCCCAACUAUUUGUCCAAAGAAUCUGCAGUCCUCAUUUAUGCACGACAAGAUGCACAGUGCAUCGACUGUUUCCAGGCCUCUUUGCCUGUGCACUAUCGCUAUCACCGGCCCCAUAGGAAGGAUGGAGACACCCUGAUUGUGAUCAACAACCCAGACUUACUGAUGUACUGUGACCAAGAGUUCCCUGUUUUGAAAUGCUGGGGUCAGUCAGAAGUAGCAGCUCCUUGUGCUUUGAAAAGUGAGGAGAUGUGCCGGUGGAAGAGCAUGCAGUAUAAAUCAAUCCGUAAGAAUUUGACCCUACAAGUCCCAGUGGGACUGAUGAUCCAUACGUCUUUAGUGUGUUCUGUGACUCUGCUCAUUACCAUCUUGUGCUCUUCUUUGAUCCUUGUAGCUGUUUUCAAAUAUGGCCAUUUUUCCCUGUGAGUUUUAUACAGUUAGAUGUUUUCUAUGAACCUAAUAAAUGGGACCGAUUCACUUGUGACAAGGCAUGUAAACUGGCUAUUUUGUCUUCCUUAUGGUUAAAAUUUCAUUUCCAGGCAGAGCUCUGUCAAUUCAUGGGUAGCCUGGUCUACAUUGUAAGAACCUGUCCAGUAAAACAAACAACAAAAAAUUAUGUGUCCCAGAGGAAAUUUUGGGUCAUUGCCAGCUAAGUUUAGUGUUCUGUUCUAUAACCCUCAAGUACUAUUGGGUAGUCUGGUAGAGGACACUUCUUUAUGUUAGAUUAAUACUUAGAAGUGCUGUCUUCAUCUGGUAUAGAAUGAGUAGAAUGAGUUCUUUGUUAAAUUAUUUACUUGCAUUGGUGUUUUGUCUAUGUGUAUGUCUGUGUGAGGUGUUGAUUCCAGAGGAACAGAAGUGCAGACAAUUGUUAACAGAUAUCUGUGUGCUGGGAACAAACCUGAGUCCUCAGGAAGAGCAGACAGUGCGAUUAACCCCUGAGCCAUCUCUCCAGGCCCCUAAGCCUAUGUUUUACAAGCAUUAACUGUGGGAUUAAUAAUGUGACAUUGAAAUGGGAUUAGCUUUUCUUUUUUCCUUUUUUAUUUUUUGGAGUGUGAAUAUGACAUUUAUUGAAUUUAUCUGCUAGAGUGGAAAUAAUGUCUACAAACAUCCAAAUGUUUGUUACUGUACUUCUACAACACAAUUAAA